AUGGAGCAACCUCUUCUAUCGGAGCUAAGAAGUGAAUUGGGUGAGAAUCAGAAUGAAAAAUGGAGCUCGUAUCAGUAUGUGGGUCGAUCAGGCUCUGCGAUUCCCACUGCUUCGUUGGCUGGAACUGAUGUGAGUGUUGAUGAAAUUCGAUCUGCUGCUGCUGUUUCUUCUGCUGCAGGUUAUUAUCCUCCUUCUGUUCACGGGGCUUUGGUUGGAUCACCUGAGCCUGAUCCUGCAGUGCAAGCUCUUGUUUAUCAAGGCGGAUAUGGAGGAGAUUAUGAGGAACUAGGCCUGAAUCCCGGAGGUAUAGUUACUUAA